CACUUCCUGAGAUCUGACUGCAUAACUUACUAGCAAUUCACAAUUAUCAGUAUUUAUUAUCUAUUUAAAUAAAACUUCACUGUUGCAAUGAAGAUGGUUUUGUGGGUGCAUAUUAGGCUAUUUUCUGGAUAUCUGGCCCUUAUCAUGACAGGAAUGUAUGUGAAGGCCUGGACUUACCAUUAUAAUAAAGCCACUAAUUUGGAGUGGACACAAGCUCGUCAGUGGUGCCAGAAGCAUUACACUGAUUUGGUGGCGAUCCAAAACCAGGCAGAAGUUGUGCACCUUAACCAGAUCUUGCCCUACCAUAAGCAAUACUACUGGAUUGGCAUUAGGAAGUUAGAUGGUCACUGGACGUGGGUAGGAACCAAAAAGCGCUUGGCCCCCGAGGCAGCAAACUGGGCACCAAAUGAACCCAACAAUAAAGGAAUUGGAGAAGACUGUGUAGAGAUCUACAUCAAGAGGAUUAAUGACACAGCCAUGUGGAAUAACGAGAAGUGCAUCAAAAAGAAAGCAGCUCUCUGUUAUUUAGCAUCUUGUUCAAAUAAGUCCUGUAGUGAGCAUGCUGAGUGUUUGGAGACUAUCGGGAACUACACAUGUCAGUGUAACCCGGGCUUCACGGGCCCACGCUGCGAGGAAGUAGUUGAAUGUUUACCCAUAGGAAAUCCAGAACUAGGUUCUCUGAGGUGUGAUGGCGUCUUUGGAGAGUUUCAUUUUAACUCAUCAUGCCAGUUCCAGUGUGCCACCGGGUACAAGCUGGAGGGAGCACAGAGGUUACACUGCUUGGCAUCAGGACUUUGGAAUAAUGCCCUUCCUGUUUGCCAGGUUGUCCAGUGUCUGCCGAUUACUGAUAACUCUGGUGUUUGGAGGGUAAACUGCACUCAUCCCCUUUCCAUGAACAGCUACAACUCUAGCUGUGAGUUCAAGUGUGAGGAGGGUUUUGUGCUCGAGGGCUCAACUACAGUCCGAUGUGACCAGAAUGGCCACUGGACGGACAAAACUCCCACCUGCAAAGUUGUGACCUGCGAUCCCCUCCUGGCCCCUACCAUGGGCCACCUGACCUGUGCUGAUCCAUUGGGGAAGUUCUCUUUUCAUUCUUCAUGUAAUGUUUCAUGUAAGGAGGGAUACAGACUAAGAGGAAAGAUCCAGCUCACCUGUCUGAGGGAUGGCACCUGGUCAGCACCCACACCUUCAUGUGAAGCUGUGGCCUGUAACCCUCUCACGACCCCUGGAAAGGGUCACCUGACUUGUGCUGAUCCCUUGGGAAAGUUCUCUUUUCGCUCGUCUUGUAAUGCUACCUGUGAGGAGGGAUACAGGCUGAGAGGAGAGACCACACUCAGCUGUCAGAGUGACGCCACCUGGUCAGCACCCACACCUACAUGUGAAGCUGUUCAUUGUGAGCCCCUCUCACUCUCUCAUCUCUCACCUGAGCUGGGACUCCCACCCUCAAUGAACUGCUCUCACCCUGGUGGAAACUUUGGUUUUGGAUCUCAGUGUGUGUUCCAGUGUGCAGAGGGCCAUGUGCUAAUUGGAACAAGUGAGCUGGACUGUACCUCCAGAGGGUACUGGACUGAUUCUCCUCCCAGUUGUGUUGUAGAGGAGAUGUCAGUGAGUGCAGGCAUGCUGAUGUAUGCAGCUGUCGGAGCGGCCUCUUCAGCUGGUCUACUACUGCUUGGAGGACUGAUCAUUUUAUUAGUGCACAAAUUUACCAAAAAAAGGUUGGAAGAUGAACCAGACAGUGAUCAGAGAUUCCCAAAGCUGCUCUAGGGACAGAGCGAUAUAAAGUUGGUUAAGAGAAAGAUACAUUACUAUUUUUUUUAAACAUACAUAAUCCCUUCAAAUUAUAGUUAGGACUGAUAUGAAAAACAGGCGAAUUUCAAUAAAGGGGGUGUAAUUGUGGAAUAAGCUUGGAUGUGUAUUAAAAUUGUGUAAAACAAUUAAUACAUUUAAAAGAUUGUUAAGAAAUGAGGUGUUUAAAUGUAUGAAAGACUGGAUUGUUAAGUAUUAUUGAACUAGAAUUGGAUUCAAGUACAUUACUAACUGGUGUUAUGUGUCUAAAUUGCUUAAGUGAAGGUAUAUGUGAUAUAUUUUGUUUGUAUUAAUUAAGUUGAUGUUGUGAAGGUACUGUUAAAUAGUCACCUUGCUCAUUAAUUCAUGAAUUGUUAAGAUUAUUGUAAAUGCAGAUAAUAAAAUAAGAUCAAAAGAGUGUAUAAUUUUAUGGUGAGUAUUGUUUUGUGUAUGGACAUACUGAUUUGUAUGAGUGCCGAAAAUAAAUAAAUAAGUGAUUAUGUAGUGACAGCAAACCUGUUGGUUAAGCUUUAGAAGGUCAAUUGAGCUUUACCACUUUUAAUACAGUAAGUCUGGGCAAUGAUAUAUAUUGGCCUUAUGAAAAUAAGUUUUAAAAUGCAACAAGGACCAAUUAAGUUAUCAGUGUACUCUAGCAUUAAAACAUGCUUGUUCAGCUGUUUACUGGUGUUAAUCUUAACACAUUUAGCAAUCUCCAAUGCAGCUCAUUACGCUCAGAACGACUCUGCAUGGGAGGAGAUUUGAAGUCCGCCUUUGAAAUCAGUUAAAAGAAAAACGCACUCACCUUGCAUACACUUUUUUUAUCUGAUGUUUUCCUUUCAUACAUUUGUGAAAAUUAAGGAUUGUUGUUUAAAAUAAAUGAAUAUAAGA